AUGGUGAACCACAUUCAGGCAGAGUCACCAGAAGACAUGCCAGUAGUGCAAGAGUUUAUUGAUGUGUUCCCGGAUGAACUACCUGGCAUGCCUCCAGAUCGAGAUGUGGAGUUCACUAUUGACCUUGUUCCUGGAACCAAGCCGAUAGCAAAGAAUGCCUACCGGCUUGCAGCCCUAGAGCUUGCUGAGUUGAAGAAGCAGCUUGAAGAACUUCAACAAAAGGGAUUUAUCAGACCCACUGCAUCUCCAUGGGAAGCCCCAGUGCUGUUCAUGAAGAAGAAAUAUGGUAGCAUAAGACUUUGUGUGGAUCAUCGUGACCUGAAUGUGGUCACAAUCAAGAACAAGUACCCACUACCACGGAUUGAUGACCUAUUUGACCAACUGAAAGGAGCUAAGCUCUUUUCCAAGAUUGAUCUGAGGCUUUCAAAGAAGGGCAUAAGUGAUCAUGGGAAUGCAGGAACAGUGCAAGUUGAUGGUUCAAAGACUUAUGUUUUGAAGUUUGACAUGCACUGCCAAUGCAAUGGUUGUAUCAAGAAGAUCAAUGAUGGGGUAAAGGAAAUUAGCCUUUCAGACGAAGGGGUGGAGAGGGCUGAUCUUUUAAUAGAGACAGGAGAGGUGAAAGUGUCUGGGAGAAUGGACCCGGAGAAGCUCCUAUCUCUGUUGCAUGCAGUGACAAAGAAGUGUGUGGAAAUAGUUACUCAAAGCACCCUGUCUGAAGGACACAACGCAGCAUCUCCGCAAAACAAGAACGUAUAUGGUCAGGCGCCUCCUGACCAGUUCGGCUUCCCCGUAACCUCGAGUGCCCCGCCGUUGCCGGAGGAGGCAUGGAGCGAGACGAUGCCUUCAGGACGAUGCUGGUACCGCUGGUCGGCGCCCUUGAGCUCGUUCGGCGUGUGGGCUGCAUCGGACAUCACCGCGACACUGGCCAUGUACGAGCUCUGAGCUGCAUAUCCGCACCCGCAGAUGCCGUUGAUGGACAAGUUGCUUGCUUGCCUUUAGAUGAUGGGUUUUUAAUUUUGAAAAAUGUGCCUUUAGUUGAUUUUGUGUUGAAUUUAUCCUAUACCAUGCAUACCAUUUGUCACAUUUCACUAA